UUCCUCGUUUGGCAAGGUACUUCGGCGAUAUGUAUGGAAAACCCGUUUUUGAGGCUCUGUGUCGACCACCGCACCCACAGGUUUGUGUCUUCGAUCCUGUCGACGUGCCGAAAAUCAGUUGAUUGUAUACAUGGUCUACCUUCGAAGGGGCGUCCGUCGAUAAACCGCCGCUCACGUCAGAAGACUUGCAAUGGUCUUGCUGUUCACAUUCGCGAUCGGGUGAAUUUCUUGCAAUAUAUCGGUCCAAGUACGUUAGACGAGGAGUAUAUUCUGCAAAUCCUGUCGUUUGAAUAUGGAUCUGCUGUGGUGGAGCGUCUUGGACAUCAAAUACUUUCUCAGCCCAAACCGCGUAGAGACAACCCCCGCGAUGUCAACGGUUCUCGUAUAUACCAGAUCAUGCUGCAACAUAUGCAACUUCUGCCUUGCACUAAGUACACUCAGCCUGUUUUCGUGGACUCGCUCAAGGAUAGGAAGAGGAAACGAAAGGCCGCGGACGAGACGACGGGGCAGUCGCCCACUAAAAAAGGUUCUUUUACCGGUGUGCCUGACGAGGACGAGUUGGAGUAUACUAUGGUCGAGUAGGUUCACGCGAUUGUCUUUCUUGGUGGCCUUUUUUUUUUCUUGGGCUCGAUUCUGCCGCUCGAACUGUAUAAAUGACCUAUACUAUCUUGUUGUUACGAAUAUCUGCGAAUCGUAUCUUGUAUGUGUUUUCUUGCGGAGUCGGGGAUUGGCGCCCGCGCCGCUACGAUGAGAAUCUGGGAUCUCAAGAAUGGAGAAACAGUCCUGAUAAUCAAAACCGAGCAUGUGUCUGUACACCGUAAUCUACUCACGCGACAACACAAAAAUUGCGACGUCAAGGAUGGACGAACCAGUGAUAUCGAUCACCGGCACCACACUCAAACACGAUUGGACAGUUUGGAGCUUGGCCUGGUCGGACGCAAAGAAACCGGCAUCCGAUUGGGAUGUUCGACACAGUCACUUGACAGCAGAUGUCGGACUCGGAUGGGGAAGGUGAGAAGCUUUACAGUACUAUGUUC